CGCCAGAAUCAAGUUCAGUCGCGCCGCAAACGCGUUGCGGAAAUGUUUUGUUGUGAGCAUCGUCGGCAACAGCAGCCUCCUGUACCCAGCCACGCGCGCUGCUCCUUGCAUAGCUACUGAGCCAAAGUAAACAACAAACAUUCAUUAAAAGUUAUAAACGUUAAAGAACAAACAAAAUAAAACAGGCGCCGUUGCAAAAAUUUCAGCUCGCUCUAACUUGCUUCGCGCUGACGCCAUGAAGCCUCAGGCACUGACGCUGACCUCGCUGUUGCUGGCGCUGCUGCUCAGCCAGAGAUUGACGCCGAGCUUCGGGUCCGCGGUGCUCAUAUCGGAUAUGACCAUGACCAUGAUGGUGGAGCUAUCCUCGAGGCAUCCCUUCUGCAAGAUGCACACGGAUCGGGGCGACAUCCAGCGGAUGCUAUUGCAGUCGGAUCCGCGUCGCAUACGGCAGGUGCCGCGCGAAUCGGUCGUGGAGCUGGAGGAGGUGUGCCGCCGUCAGGGAUCGUACGGGCACGAAUUUCGCGGCGGCCUGGGCUUCAUCUAUCCGGGCACCAAGUGGUGCGGGCCGGGCACCGCCGCCACCAGCUACGACGAUCUGGGCCAGCAUGCUAGGGAGGAUCGCUGCUGUCGUGAGCACGACAUGUGCCCCGAUGUGCUCAAUGUGGGCGACUGCCGGCGCGGUCUCUGCAAUCGGGGCACCUUCACGCGCUCCCAUUGCGAUUGUGAUGCGCGAUUCAGGCGCUGCCUGCAGGCGGCCAACACGGAGACGGCCAACACGCUGGGCGCCAUCUUCUACAAUGUGGUGCAGGUGACGUGCUUCCAGGAGCGCAGCCCCUGCUCGGCGCACCAAAGAGCCGGCUACAAUCAAACGGAGCAGGAGACCAUUUGCGCCCAGUGGCAGUAUCAGCCUUCGGAGAAGUAUGUGCCCAGCCAGCCGCGCACCUCGUAGAUGAUAUUCUGCAACAAUCAAAAACAAAUAGUAAAGCCCACCCCCUACCGCCCUCAUAGAUCCACAGUUCUGCUGUUGAACCUGAUGCCUGGAACAGAAACCGGUGCCAAAAUGUGCAGAGAAAAACAUAUAUAUUUUCAUAAAUAUUAUAAACAUACAAAGGCCGACAGAUAUAUAUAUAUAUAUA